GGACCACGGAUGUGAGACACGUAUGUGUCUGUGUGUGUGGCCAACAAUAUCAAGCUAUUACUAUCAUCAUCAUAAAAAGUUUCUCUAUAAGCCGAUGGAUCAUCUAUCCUUUAUGCAUUGCCAGCCUAGUGCCUAAAAUUAACUUCGUUUACCAUGACGACAAGUGUCUUGCCGCUACUACUACUCCACAUCUUCAUCCUCUCGUCCAUGGGCUCUCAUGGCCAUGGCCAUGGUGAUGGAGGAGCUGAGAAUCGCGAGCACUACAUUGUCGUGGAAACCAGCUCCUUGUUGAAGCCCAAAGCCAUCUGCUCCGGUCUCAAGGCAAUGCCAUCCAGCAAUGGCACGUGGGUGGCGCUGCACCGCCCCUACGGCCCGUGCUCGCCGUCGCCGACGACAACCUCGCCGCCGUUGUUGGUCGACAUGCUACGCUGGGACAAGCUCCACACCGACGCCAUCCGGAGGAAGGCCACCGCCGGCGGCGACGUCGUGCUUGAGCCGGACAAGCCGAUCGUCGACGUGCAGCAGUCGGACUACAAGAUGCAGGCGAGCUUCGGCAUCGGCACCGGUGGCAGAUCGGGCUCGUCGUCGUCGUCGUCGUCAAGAAUCAGCCGCCCGUCGGCGAUCGACGACCCCAUCCUGGCGCAGCCGAUGUCCAUCGACACCAGCAUCGACCUGCCAUGGAUCCAGUGCGCGCCGUGCCCCAUGCCGGAGUGCUACCCGCAGCAGAACGCCUUGUUUGACCCGAGGAGGUCGAGGACCUCCGCCGCCGUGCCGUGCGGCUCCGCCGCCUGCGGCGAGCUCGGCCGCUACGGCGCUGGUUGCUCCAACAACCAGUGCCAGUACUUCGUCGACUACGGCGACGGCAGGGCCACCUCGGGGACGUACAUGGUGGACGCCCUCACGCUCAACCCGAGCACCGUCGUCAUGAACUUCCGCUUCGGCUGCAGCCACGCCGUGCGCGGCAACUUCAGCGCCUCCACCUCCGGCACCAUGUCGCUCGGCGGCGGCCGCCAGUCGCUCCUGUCGCAGACGGCGGCGACGUUCGGGAACGCGUUCUCCUACUGCGUCCCGGACCCGAGCUCCUCCGGCUUCCUCUCGCUCGGCGGCCCGGCCGACGGCGGCGGCGCGGGGAGGUUCGCGAGGACGCCGCUGGUGCGUAACCCGAGCAUCAUCCCGACGCUGUACCUGGUUCGCCUCAGGGGCAUCGAGGUCGGCGGGCGGCGGCUGAACGUGCCGCCGGUGGUGUUCGCCGGCGGCGCGGUGAUGGACUCGAGCGUGAUCAUCACGCAGCUGCCGCCGACGGCGUACAGGGCGCUGCGGCUGGCGUUCCGGAGCGCCAUGGCGGCGUACCCGCGGGUGGCGGGAGGGAGGGCCGGGCUGGACACCUGCUACGACUUCGUCCGGUUCACGAGCGUGACGGUGCCGGCGGUGUCGCUGGUGUUCGACGGCGGCGCGGUGGUGAGGCUGGACGCGAUGGGAGUCAUGGUGGAGGGGUGCCUCGCGUUCGUGCCGACGCCGGGAGACUUCGCGCUCGGCUUCAUCGGGAACGUGCAGCAGCAGACGCACGAGGUGCUCUACGACGUCGGCGGCGGCUCCGUCGGCUUCCGCCGUGGCGCCUGCUGACGACGACCGCACCUUGUGAUCGACCUGCUUAAUUUGAGAUUUGCUAAGGUCCAACAAAAAUACCGUAUGUCACGGUAUCAAAUUGUUUUUUAUCAUUGGAUCUAGUUGGACAUGAUGGAUAUUAAUAUAUCCAACGAUCGAAAAUGAUUUGGUACCGCACGUAUUAGUAUUUGGGAUCGAUCAACCUGCUUAAUUUACAUCCCUAUCUAUGCCAAAUAAAUCUUCAAAAUGCAUGUUUUUAUUCAUAACGUGCUAUAACGUUAUUAGGUUCUGUGCAUUGUCUAUAUAACUAUGGUGUAAGUUAUGUAUUAAACUUCGAUGUAAGUUAUGUAUUAAACUUCGAGACAAAUAUAAUUAA